GAUCCGGGCGCGUCUGUCCCGCUGCUGCCCAGCGGGCACUGCCAAGGGCAGGGCUGCCGCGAGCUGCCCCUUCCAGCCGGGGCUCCGUGAUCCCCCAGCCAGGCUCUUCGGCGGAGACUCCCGGAGCGUCUCGAGGCGGAGACCGAGCCAGGAGCUACCGACACGAGGGGCGCACCUGCUCCUGGGGGCUGGUCCCCGGGGCCAGCGCGAGCGGGGAUCCUGGCAGGGCAGCCGGGCACCGCAGCCUACUGUGCCUGAGGGCCAUGAGCUGUUCUCAACAUCUGCAGAGCCAAAGGAGCAGCCCCUCAUCCUCAGGACCUCAACACUUGUAGAGGACCCUGCUGUGCCAAGAAGAGCCUUGCUGAAAGGAGCCCACCGCCAGGAAAAGGCCAAAGGCUGCAGCCUCCUGUAGCCCUACCCAGGGUCUCUUGGGUCUCUCUCAAGCCCACAAAACUGGCAGGCAUCCAAAAUGCUGUGGAGCCCUCCGGUUCAGAGCUGAGAAAUCAGCAGUUUGGUCUUUAGUUGCAGCAAAAGGUCCUGGCAGGAUUUCUUCACUGGACCUCAUUGUGACUGAGGCUGGCCCUCUCCUGAUGAUCUGUAAAGCUGUGAUGGAUUUCUCUAAAGGCAAAAUAAAUUAAGGGAAGCAUCUUACUUGGAUCUGGAUCAAGGUUUAAAGUCAAACAGGGGGUCAUGUCCAGAAUUGGAUGAGUCGCCACAGACACUGCAGCACCGUGAAUAGGAUUUCAUGACACCUUAGCUCGACCGGGGCAGUUCCAUCAUUCCAGCGUGAAACUUCUGGGCCAGAGCCAUCAUCUUCUUCCUCAGCUGGGGAGAUUGACUGAGGUUGCAUGGCAAGGCCGUGAAGGUCAGUCAAGACGUGCAUGACUGGAAAGCAAAGGAGAGGACGACACCCAUUGAGCUUCUGGCAGCCAAUUGGCCUGCAUCCUGACACCAUCUGACUUGGGUUUCCUGUCUGACCCUGGGCAAAUCACCUAGUUUCCCUGUGUCUCCGUCUCCGUACAAUGGGGAUAACAGCAUUACCCUGCCUCCCAAGGGUGUGUGAGGAUAAAUACACUAAAGAUUGUGAGGUACUCUGGAAUUAGUACCGAGGUGAGAGAUAGGAUGAUAGCUGGGGAGGUGAGCAUGCAUAGCCCAAUUCUGGCCUGCUGGCAGCCUAUCCUCCUCCUGAUGCUGGGAUCCGUCCUCUCCGGCUCUGCCACGGGCUGCCCGCCCCGCUGCGAGUGCUUUGCCCAGGAGCGCUCGGUGCUGUGCCACCGAAAGCGAUUCAUCGCCGUCCCUGAGGGGAUCCCGACUGAGACCCGGCUCCUGGACUUGGGUAAGAACCGAAUCAAGACUCUCAACCAGGAUGAAUUUGCCAACUACCCUCACUUGGAGGAGCUGGAGUUAAACGAGAACAUUAUCAGUGCCAUUGAGCCUGGGGCUUUCAACAACCUCUUCAACCUCAGGACUCUGGGUCUCAGGAGUAACCGACUCAAGCUCAUCCCCUUGGGGGUGUUUACCGGACUGAGCAAUCUUACCAAGCUAGACAUUAGUGAGAACAAAAUUGUGAUCCUCCUAGACUACAUGUUCCAGGACUUGUACAACCUGAAGUCUUUGGAGGUUGGGGACAAUGACCUGGUCUAUAUCUCCCACCGGGCCUUUAGUGGCCUCAACAGCUUGGAGCAGCUAACGCUGGAGAAAUGCAACUUGACCUCUAUUCCCACAGAGGCGCUGUCUCACUUGCACGGCUUGAUUGUGCUGAGGCUGCGCCACCUGAACAUCAAUGCCAUCAGGGAUUACUCAUUUAGGAGGCUCUACAGGCUUAAGGUCCUUGAGAUCUCUCACUGGCCCUAUCUGGAUACCAUGACGUCCAACUGCCUCUAUGGACUGAACCUGACAUCCUUGUCCAUCACCCACUGCAAUCUGACUUCCAUCCCUUACGUCUCUGUCAGGCACUUAGUUUAUCUCAGGUUCCUGAACCUGUCCUACAACCCCAUCCUCACCAUUGAGGGCUCCAUGCUGCACGACCUGCUCCGGCUGCAGGAGAUCCAGCUGGUGGGUGGGCAGCUCACCACUGUGGAGCCCUACGCCUUCAGAGGCCUCAACUACUUGCGCAUCUUGAACGUCUCCGGGAACCUGCUGACCACGCUGGAGGAAUCAGCCUUCCAUUCGGUGGGGAACCUGGAGACGCUCAUUUUGGAUAAUAAUCCUUUGGCCUGCGACUGCCGGCUGCUUUGGGUUUUCCGACGCCGCUGGAGGUUGAAUUUCAACAAGCAGCAGCCCACCUGCUCCACCCCUGAGUUCGUCCAGGGGAAGGAGUUCAAGGACUUCCCCGACGUGCUCCUGCCCAACUAUUUCACCUGCCGCCGGGCACGCAUACGGGACCGCAAGCCGCAACAGAUCUUUGUGGAUGAGGGCCAUACGGUACAUUUUGUCUGCCGGGCAGAUGGGGAUCCGCCCCCCACGAUCAUGUGGCUCUCUCCCAGAAAGCACCUCAUCUCUACCAAAACCAACGGGCGGCUCACCGUCUUUCCCGACGGCACUCUGGAGGUGCGCUAUGCCCAGAUCCAGGACAAUGGCACCUACCUAUGCAUCGCCAGCAAUGCGGGUGGCAAUGACACCAUGCUGGCGCACCUUCACGUGCGGAGCUACUCCCCAGAUUGGCCCCACCAGCCCAACAAGACCUUUGCUUUCAUCUCCAACCAACCCAACGAGAGCGAUGCCAACAGCACGCGUGCCACCGUGCCUUUCCCCUUCGACAUCAAGACUCUGAUCAUCGCCACCACCAUGGGAUUCAUCUCCUUCCUGGGUGUGGUGCUAUUCUGUCUGGUGCUUCUCUUCCUGUGGAGCCGGGGGAAAGGUAACACAAAACACAACAUCGAGAUCGAGUAUGUGCCACGCAAGUCUGACGCCGGCAUCAGCUCUGCUGAUGCGCCGCGCAAGUUCAACAUGAAAAUGAUCUAACCCGAAGCAAUUUGCAAAUAAUAAAGUUUUUUUAAAAACAAAACAAAAGAAGAACAUUACAAACAUACCGACCUCUCUCCUCCUCUGAACCACCCCUCCCCUCUCGUUCUAACCCCAGCUCUCCGCACCACCACCUCUUCCACCUCUUUAUACCAGGAGAACGUUCUGCUGAUGUCUCCAGGACUCCCAUGUUUGUCAGGAAGUAGUCUGACGGAUGCCGGUGUCAGAUCUAAUGAUGAGAGGGGAAAACAAAAAAAGAAAAACAAAAAAAAUUAAAUAAAUCAAUAAAAAGUUACGAACUUUCCUCUGUAACUUUGAUUUAAAUAAUUAUUGAUUUUUAUGAAAAAAGUUGAAAUAAAAAAAACAACCUCCCUAUUUCCUAUAGAUAGUUGGA